AGAGAGAGUGAGAGAGAGGUUUGUUUCUUCAAGAUUUCUCCAACCAAAACCCAUUAAAUCAAUAAAUAAAGGAGGUGAAAGAAAAGGAAGUGGUUGCUUUUUAAAAUUUUGUUCUUUUGACCACAAAAUUUAAGUGCACAAGUCAUUUCCCACACCUUACCCCUUUCCCUGCUGCAUAAGUCUGCCUAGCUUCCAUCUUCAUCACUGCUGUCUCAACCCAACACACUCACCUCCAAAAAAAAGCAAGUUUGCCUUUUUAUUUUUAAUUUUUUUCUUUUUCACAACAACAACAACAACAACAACAUGAUGUGUCCUUCUUUUCUGCUUCUUUGUCCUUCUCUGACUUCUCCUCUCAGAUUGAUAUUAGACUACUACACGAAACCCAGAACCUUCCCCUCUCUCUCUCUCAUCUCUCUUCUUCUCUCUUCUUUCUUCUGUUUCAUUUUCUUGCUCUUCAUCUCUCUCCUUUUGUGAUUCUGUAAUCACACACAUCUUGUGUUCAUAUGAUGAAUCGAACUCACGGUCCCUCGAACCCUCCUAAUCUUUUUGAAGAUCCGAAGGUCAGGCUUAGACAUCACAGUCUUAUGCAAGACUAUCAAGAAUUGCAUAUGGAAACCGAAGCUAUGAGGAAAAGGUUACAGACAAUACGAGAAAGAAAGGCAACAUUAAAGGCCGAAGUCAGAUUUCUACGACGGAGAUACAGACAUUUGAGACAAGACCAGACACAAGAUAUCAAGAAAGUCAGAGGAAGAUCAAAUGGUGGGAAAAAGAUCAGAGUAGAAGUGUCUCCUAACAAGAGAAGUGAAGUGGAAACUAAGCAUGUUUCGCUUCCUGACUUAAACCACUCGGGAAGGGAUCACGAUGAAACCAAUACCAGUCUUCAAAGAAAAGUUCCAUUAUUUGAUCUUAACCAGAUCUCCGGAGAAGAAGAGGAAGAAACAGAGGCAGUGGACAAGGACAACAAUCAAGAGAAGAUGAGAGUGGAAGAAAACAGUUCAUGUAUGAGAGUGAGUACUUCUAACAUUGAGAUGCAGCAACAGCAACAGAAGCUAUCGUCUUGCAGGAAUGGUGGAAACGGUUCAAAUAAGAGGAAGAUCACAUGGCAAGAUCCUGUUGCAGCUCUCAGAGUCUAAACAGAUAAAGAACCUUUAGUUCUUCUUCAAGUAUCUUGUAACAUAGCUUUUUACAUCAAUUUUAGCUUAUCUUGUCCGCCUUGAAAACACAUCCAAUUGUGACUUUGAAAACAUGAAAAAAAAAAACCUUAUCCCUUCUCAAUU